AUAGGACACACCCAGCUCUAUGGCUUUGGCCAAUGCUUGCCCUGUUUACAAAGUGCUAAUGACUCUCCCAUUACAGGUAGAAUCAAAAUGUGGUGGCUUUUAGCAGCCUUGAGUGUGCUCCGUUUGCUUGGAACAACACAUGACUUCUUUGGGAAAGGAAAACCUGAUGAUCCAGAGGUCAAUAUGAAUGUUAGUCAAAUCAUUGCUUGCUGGGGCUAUCCAAAUGAAGAGCGUGAAGCUGUGACUGAAGACAGCUAUGUCCUGACACUCAAUAGAAUUCCUCGUGGAAAAAAUAGUGCAAGGAAAGGUCCACAGCCAGUCACUUAUCUUCAGCAUGGUUUUCUCACUUCUGCCAGUGAUUGGAUUUUAAACCUGCCAGGCAGUAGCUUGGCCUUCAUGCUGGCAGAUGCAGGCUAUGACGUGUGGAUGGGGAACAGCCGGGGGAAUACCUGGUCCAGGAAGAAUGUUUACUUUUCCCCAGAUUCAUCAGAAUUCUGGGCUUUCAGUUUUGAUGAAAUGGCUAAAUAUGACCUUCCUGCCACAAUCAACUUUAUUUUGGAGAUGACUGGCCAUGAGCAACUUUACUAUGUGGGCCACUCCCAGGGUUCCACUCUAGCUUUCAUCGCGUUUUCUACAGACCAGGCUCUGGCUCGCAAGGUCAAAGCCCUUUUUGCUUUGUCUCCCACCACUGCCAUGAAACAUGUGAAGACUCUCUUAAGUAUAUUUUUGGUGUUUCCCAAGAAAAUGUUCAAGAGCCGCUUGGACAUGUACCUUUCUCAGGUAUCGGGAACAUCAGUGCAGACUCUGAUUCACUGGUGGCAGACCACACCUCCCUUUUAUAGAGCAGAGGACAUGACAGUGCCUGCUUUCCUGUGGAGUGGGGGGAAUGACCGGUUGUCCUCUCCCAAAGAUGUGGAAGAUUUGCUCCAUCAGCUCCCCAACCUCAUGUACCACAAGAUGAUUCCUUCCUAUAACCAUCUGGAUUUUAUCUGGGGCAUGGAUGCCCCAGAACAGAUUUACAAUGAACUCAUUGAGAUGAUGAAGCAAAACGUGUCCAGCUUCCCAGUGAUGGGAAAGAGUUAAGUUCUCCCUUGCCAUUGACUGUUCCUACAUUGGACAUUGGG